AUGGCAGACGGCUCAUCAUCCUUCAAAGUGAUUAUUGUUGGCGCGGGCGUCACAGGUCUCACGCUAGCCCACUGCCUCGUAAAGGCAAACAUCGACUAUGUCCUGUUGGACAAGGGCGUCGUGGCCCCGAGCUUCGGAACCACAAUCACGUUACAGCCGCAUGGGUGCCGCAUCUUGCACCAACUUGGCUGCUUAGAUGCCGUGCUUGCCACAUGCGAUGUCAUGGGCGGCGCGCAGUGCCGCGAUCCGUCCGGUAAAACUUUUGCGUCGAAUGACUUUUUUGGUGUCGUUAGGAAAUUCGCCGGCUAUGAUACCAGGACCCUCGAUCGACAGGUCUUUUUGCGUACAUUGUACGAGCAACUGCCAGACCAAUCCAAAGUCCAUGAGAGAGCGCGUGUUGAAGAGAUAAUCGAAGAGAACUCGAAAACUCGAGUCAUACUUGCAGAUGGGAGUGAAUUCGUCGGCGAUGUAGUGAUUGGCGCCGAUGGCGUCCAUUCCAAGGUCCGCGAAAUAAUGUGGGACAAGGCAAACGCGGCCCAUCCUGGCACGAUCAGUGUGGAAGAGAAGCGAGCCAUGGUAACCCAGUACAAUGCCAUCGUGAUGGCAUCGUCUCCGGUUCCUGGCCUUGGUUCGCAUGACAUGGAAGUCACUUCCAACGAUAAGUUCUCCUUCCUGCUCCUCUGCCAGCCAGACUGGAUCUCCAUCAUCGUACACAACAAAUUGCCAGAGGACCAACGCUGUACCUGGCCCACGCGAAGGCGAUACACCGAGUCUGACAUGGAGGCGCUCGUGAGCAAGAUCUCCGAGUACCCCGUCACGGAGACGGUCGUAUUCGGAGAGCUGUGGAAGCGGCGUCUCAAGGCCCAAAUGAUUUCGCUUGAGGAAGGUGUGCUUGAGCACUGGUUCUUUGGGAGGAUCGUCUUGGCUGGAGAUGCUGUUCACAAGGUUACUCCAAACUCGGCUCUCGGGGGCAACACGGCAAUGGAAGACGCCGUCACCCUUGCAAACACGAUCCACGGCCUUCUCGCCACGCACGCCAACAAGAAACCGAGUGACAUCGAGCUGCGCGACGCGAUGCGGGACAAGUACCAAAACGCCCGCGUUGACCGUGCGCGGGUGAUUGUCAAGGUCGGGGGCGAUCUGACGAGGCAGCAGGCGUACGACGGGUGGAAGGCUUACUUUGUGCAGCGGUGGCUGACGCCUAUCGUGGGCCUGGACACGCUGGCGAAGAACAUUGCUGGACUGUCUGUGACGGCGCCGAAGCUUAGCUAUGUGGAGUUUGAAGAGAGGCGAGGGGUGCUGGGAUGGCAGGAUACUAUGGCUGCUGAGAAGGACAGAGAGCUACGAGCGAAGGGGGCUGGGAGAGAGGCAGAUGAACGGCUCAAGAGUCGACUUUCGUGGGGUGAUUGGAAUGGUGGCCUUGAAGCUGUCUUCCCGCAGCUGCUGGCAGUUUUGGUUGGUUUGUGGUCGGCUAUCUGGGUCUUUCAUGUUGUGUUCUCUAGACAGUCUAUACCGGGCUUUGGAAGAGAGGUGUGGGAAGUCGUUGGAAGGGACAAUGUCACUUUCGGGAUUUCAGUGUAG